AUGCGCUUAGAAAUGCAGUCCACUAACAGAAACGAGCUAAGUUUUGUUCUAAUGCGGAUUAUACAGUUGAUCCUCGAGUGGAUAAAUACAAGGCGUUCGUGUCAACCGGCCGCGCCACCGGCGACGGGACUUGACGGGACAAAGGGGGGACGUCCGAGAUGGUUUCUAAUUACGACGGAGACCGUUAUGCAAAUCGGGGGACGAGGCGAGCUCCAUGUCUCUAAUAAACAUGCGCUCUUGCGGUCAUACCGCCAAAUUACUUGCCUUCCAUUCACCCCGCGAGCAAUAAAACCACUUUUGGCCGGCAGUUUAUUAGGAGGCUCUCGUUUAAUGUUAGCAGAAGCCAAGCCAACUAAAUGUUGGCAGAUGCGUUCUGCUAAAUUGAACGGCAGUCUUAGAAAAUCGCCAGGCCGUGCCGUGACUGCGACCAUGUUGAAACUGGGCUAA